AUGUGGGCCAACGACAAGUUCUAUCGCACACAAGAGAUGAACCGCACACAAGAACCUAAACGCACACAGAGCAACUAUAUAUCUCGCCCACAAUUGCAGACCGAAGAAUUAAUUAAUACCCGCAAGAGACCUCCGGACGCUGAUUUAUUAUUCACCGGGAGACGCCGUCUCCAACACGAAACAGUAAACAUUUAA